AUGCGAUUGUUUUCCCUUCCCCGACGAAUCGAUCCCGGCCUUUUACAGACUCGAGGUAUUUCUGCUGCGAACGCGGUUGACUUGACGUUCACAAGAUAUGGAGAGCUUGAAGCCGACCGCAAGCACGCGCCGCUGCUGAUAUGUCACGGACUAUUCGGACAGAAGUCGAACUGGAAUUCGGUGGGAAAGGCUAUACAGCGACGCCUAGGCAACGUGGUAUAUGCUGUGGAUUUGAGGAACCAUGGUGAUGCUCCUCAUAUCCCAUCGAUGUCGUACACCGAGCAAGCGGCUGAUGUGCAGAAAUUGAUCAAAAAGAUCUGCGAUGAAGGCAGCUUCAAGAAGGUCAACUUGUUGGGCCACAAUCCAAACGGUGGUCAUCUGCUUGAUCGUCUGAUAAUCGAGGACGUCAGCCCGAAAGGCUAUUCGAUCAGCUCUCACCUUUUCAAGGACUACGUAGACGCCAUGAAGUCUGCAAAUCUUCGCAAAUCGAGACAAGAUAUUUCCAAGGACUUGGAAAAAGCGGUCCCGGAGUUGCCUAUCCGACAAUUUCUACUAACUAAUCUGCGUGCUGGGAGUGACGGGGGCUUUGAGUGGAAGGUCAAUUUGGACGCGAUCGGACAGCAUUUUGGCGAACUGCUGGGAUGUGAUCUGCCGGUGGGAGCAUUCCGCGGGAAGACUCUUUUCAUUUACGGAGAACGUAGCGGAUACGUUCCGGAUACGGAUCGGCCUCUGAUUCGCAAUCUAUUUCCCCAGGUGGAGUUCCAUUCGAUCGCAGAGGCCGGCCAUUGGGUCCACGCCGACCAGCCCAAGGCAUUCAUCGAUGGAAUUUGUGGUUUUAUUGAAAAA